AUGCGUCUUUUGCCAACGCUCGCCACGGCGCUCCUGCUCACAGUCAACGUGACAGGGAGUCCAGCCGCUGCUUCAGCCCCGGCGGAAUCCGCCACCCCUGUCGCGAAUGUUGUGGACCAGCCCGCCCCGACAACUUCGGCCGCUCAAGCAAACAAUGUCAACCAGGCCAAUGUCAACCAGGCCAAUGCCAACCAGGCCAAUGCCGCAGCUGAGACUACGCCUCCUGCUGACACCGUCAAAGCCGCCAACACAGCUACCACUGCGGCUGCUGCUGCAAAAGAAGAAGAGACUACCGCUGCUGCAGAGCCCGCCGUCCCGACCCAAUCCAACCCAGUGGAAUCCAUGGUCGGCGGCAUCAAGACUGCUCUUGAUCCCAGCCCUAAGGAGUCAGCCGCCUCAGCUGGUGCAACUGGCCCCACUGAGACUGCUGCUAAGUCGGCUGCUGAGACUAGUCCCUCCCCUGCCGAGACCACCCCUGCCGCCUCUGCUACAGGCACCUCAGGCACCAAAUCUACCACCUCAGACAGCAGCUCUGAUGACAGCAAAUCUGAUAUCCUGCCAGACAUGAAGGAGGCCUUCUCGAGUUUCCUCGGCGGUGGUGGUGGUGGCCUUGGGGACCUUCUGCAUGGACUUGAAAGUCUGCUUAACCCAGCCUUCUUGGGUAACUUCGCCGACACCUUCGAGUAUCUCUCUACCAGUCUCGCACCUCCGGUCGACAACCAGCUCCGCGUCUUGGUCGGCAAUGCCAAUGACCUCCUGACUGCGGACUUCAUCAAGAAGACCGGCAAUCUCAUUGACAACGCCAAUAUGCUCUUGACCGAGGAGAACACCAAGGAGAUUGGGACCCUUCUCAAAGUGGCUAAUAAGUUAUUGUCUGGUCAGUUUAUCGACAAGGUGGACAGCCUCAUCGACAAUGCCAACAACCUCCUCACUGCCGGCUUCGUCAAGAAGACCACCAACCUCAUUGAUAAGGCUAGUCCUCUUAUCGACAAGGCUGGCCCUCUCAUCGACGAUGCUAGCGGUCUACUCACCGACGGCAACGUUAAGGCCAUCGAAUCACUCUUGUCUAAUGCCAACAAGCUACUUACACCUGGCUUUAUCGACACCACCGGCAAGCUUAUUAAGCAGGCCGGUCCCCUCAUCGACCAGGCUAGCGGUCUUCUCACAGAGGGCAACGUCAAAGAGAUCGAGAGUCUGCUCGGCAAUGCCAACAAGCUGCUCACUCCCGGCUUCAUCGACACAACCGGCAAGCUUAUCAAACAGGCCGGUCCCCUUAUUGAUCAGGCUAGCGGUCUUCUCACGGAGGGCAAUGUUAAGGAGAUCGAGACUCUCCUCGGCAACGCUAAUAGCCUACUAACUACUAGCUUUGUGAACCAGACCACUAGUCUGAUCGAUGAAGCUAGUGAGCUCUUGUCUUCGGAUACUGUCGAUAGCCUGAAAUCUCUCCUUACUCAGCUCGCUCCUAUCAUCCCUGAGCUGAAAGGUCUGCUUAAACCAGAUACUAUCAAGGCGAUUGAGAACGUGCUUAGCAAUGCUAACAAGCUGCUCACCGACUCAUUCGUCAAGGAUACCAACACUCUUAUCACAGAGGCUGUUGCUCUCCUCACUCCCGAUCUGGUGAAGGCUCUUAAGUCGCUCCUUAGCGAUCUUACUCCACUGAUCCCCGAGCUGAAGUCACUGUUGACGAAGGAAAUGAUCAAUUCGAUCGAGGCUCUUCUAAACAACGCCGGAGACCUGCUCACGGAAGAUUUCGUCAAGGACACUAAGGGACUAGUCAACGGGGCUGGCGACCUCCUCACUCCGGAGGUGGCAAGUGGACUGAAGUCGAUCUUGAACAAGAGCACUAUCUCUGCCAUUGGUUCUCUACUGUCUAACGCCAACACCCUGUUGACACCCAAGUUCGUUAAUGAAACGAUUGGUCUGGUGGACAGCGCGGAUGAUCUCCUCACCCCACCUAUCGUCACCGGACUGAAGGAUCUCCUCGGCGACGUGAUUCCUCUGAUCCCCGAUCUUAGGAAAUCUCUGCUGAACACAACCAUUAUCACCGACCUAGGAUAUAUCGUGACUAAUGCUACCACUUUGCUCACGCCCGCCUUCGUCGAAGAUACUUCAGAUCUUGUCGAGAACGCCGACGGCCUCCUGACGCCCGACGUCGCUAGCACGCUUAAGGAUAUCCUUGGAUACGUGCCGGACUUGCUGCCCGAGGUGAAGAAGCUGCUGAAGCCUUCGGUUAUCUCGGAUGUUGGAGCUCUCUUGGAGAACGCUCAUGACCUCCUCACACCGAAGUUCGUUAAUGAGACGACGCUCCUGAUUGAUGAUGUUACGAGCUUCCUGCCUUUGAUCCAGGAAUUGCUCAAGGCGCUGUGA